UAUGAGCGAUGACGUCAGCAAGGUGACACCCACCACCUCCACCUCCACCUCUCUUCCUCUGAGCCUCCGGUGUGGUGGUGCAACAACCAACGCGGCUCCAGCUUCGUGGAGGUUUUUUCCUGUAAAGAAACUUUUUACCAGAAACUCUCUCAUUUAUUUCCUCGUGUCAUUUAUCACGAGACGACUAUGAAGAUUUCCUCCUCGCGUGCUGGACUUUAAACGUAUUAUUUUAUCAGCGCGUGAAGCACCAGAGGGCUCAAAAGACAAUUUCCAACAUCUAUCGGACAAUAAGGGGGGAAAGUGCCAGCCCUCUGUCCACGAUGUCCUCCAGAGGUAAACAUGACUUGUGCCGGAUGUGUGGCGGAGCUCUCCAGGGAAACCAAAGACGGUGGCUGUUUGGGGGCCAAAAUAAGAAGACGGGACAGCCUCAGACUCCGACAGGGUCUCUGAGAGGAGGAAGCCUGUCUCGGUCCUCGCAGAGCAGCCCCUGGGGCAGCACAUUAUCUCUGGCUUCCUCCGGGUCUCUCUCCAAGUCCCAGUUAUCCCUGAGCUCCCCGUCCAUGGAUCUGCUCUCGGUGUUGACUCACAUACUGGGGCAGUCUGUGCAACGAGGCAGCGGGCUGGAGGAGUUUGUGUGCGGCAAAUGCGUGUGCGUCCUCGAGCGGGUAUUCAAGUUUGAUUCGGUGAUAGCCAGGGUGAGGGUGCUUUCAUCCGAGAGGCUUCAGAAGCUGACGCAGGAGCGGGAUAAGAUCAGACACUUUGUGCGCCAAAACUACCACCAGAGACACCCGUGGGACCUCCAGAGCAGGGGCAGCACCAGCGAGGAGGAUGGCGAGGCGGAGAAGGAGGGCUACAGGGAGAUGCUCAAAGAGAAUAUGGCACUCUCGGAGUACGAGUGCUGGUCCGAGAAGUGGGACACUUGCUCAUAUUCUGUGAGAACGGGUAAAAGAUGCAGAAAGGGCAAAGGGUGUGCAGGCUGUGAUUCUUUACGGGUGUCCGACUCGGAUUAUGAGUCCGCUUGUGGAGUUCCUCGCCGUUUGCCUUUCCAGCCCUUCUCCCCGUUGGCGUUGUCGCGGGACAAAUCCCAGAGCAUGCCUCUCCACUGGCAGAGGACGCCUUCCUUCAGCUCCAGCCUGUCUUCACUGGCGGCGUCCACUAUCUCCUUACAAGCAUCAUCCCGCACUGAGUCCAUCCAGUCUCUGGACUCUCUUGAUGGCAACGACCCAUUUGACUCGCCGGGUGUUCACUUUGUGCUGAAGGAGCUGAGACGUAUCGAAGGGAAGGCGGUCAGUUCGCCAUCAGGGAGUAAGAUCCCAGUUCUGGGCAGGAAGCACUCAGGAACAGUUGGAGAGAUGGCGUCGCCCUCAGUGAACAGGGUGCUGAACUUUGGGAGUGUGGAGAACGGAGGGGAGGAAAUGGAUGAAGCGGACGGGGACGCCCUGUCAGAGCUGAGGGACGAGUUCAUGCCUCUUCAUCGAGGGAGCACUACUGGCAGGGUUCAGCAUGCUGUCAGGCACCUGCGAGGCCAGCUGGACCAAGCUGUGUCCCAAAUCAGGACCCUGGAGGCCGAACUGAAACAUGGGAGGGGCAAACCAACUGAAGUCAACGGAUCAGAGGACUGGGCCCCUUUGCUCCAGGAGGAGGGUGGCAGCUCCCUGCUGCAGAGCCUCGGUCACUCCCUGCACAGCCGGGAGCGUCUGAUCCAGGAGUGUUUGGGUCUGAUCAGAAGACUGUGUGUGGAGGAGGGAGCAGGGACUGAGCUGGCCGACAAGCUGACUGAGAAUCUAAAGGAAACUCUAUCUGCCAACAAGACGGCCCUGCAGACGUUGAGGUCCGAAGUAACCGAGAAGGAGAAGAGCAUGGAGAAGGAGAUCGAGGCUCUGAGGAAGGCUGGAAGAGACAGAGAGAGAGACCUCGACACACUCAACACCGUGCUGCAGUGCAACCAGGAUAUUAUCAACGACCUGCGAGUGGCUCUGGGGGAGAAGGAGCGACUGCUCAAGGAGGCAGAGAAAGAGAGGGAGAUGUGGAGACAGAGGGACCAGGCCCUCGCCACCGUCCUGCAGGAGAAGGAGGCUCUGAUCCAGGAGCUGGAGAGCUGUCAGAAAGAUGGGCAGGGUUUGGCAGGUGACAGGGAGGGAAAUGGCGCCACCUUGUGCAAGGAGGUCACUAAACUCACCUCAGCCAUGCAGGAGUACCAGGACACGGUGCAGAGUCAGCAGGAGAGUCACAGUCAGACGGUGUCCUCUCUGACAGAUCAACUCAGAGACACUCGGCGGGAGCUGAGGGAGAAGGAGAAAGAGAAGAAGGAGGCUGAUAGAGCGUGGCAGACCAACAGAGAGGACAGAGAGAGAGAGGAGAGGAGACUGAGGGACAGCCUGGAGAAGAGAGACAAACUCAUAGAGCAAAUCCUGUUGGAUGCUGAGGAGCGGGACCAUCUGUUCAGAGAGCUGCAGCAGAACCUGCAGAACAAACGUGAACCUCUGACCGCCAUCAAACACACACUGUGAUAGAGGACGACUACUGUACUGACGAGCUGAGCAAACUAACUGCGCACAGACGGAAGACUACUUUUUGCACUUUCUGCACCACCUUUUUGCCUCUUCAACAUAUUUAUCGUGGUGUACAUUAAGUCUAUUUAUAUUUAUCUCUCUACAUUUUUGAGGUUUGCAUUUGCAAGACCUGCCUUGUUUUGGCAACUUUCCACAAUAACUACUUAACUCUCUGGAGUGAAUCAGUAAUUUCAGACUUCAGAGAGUGAAACAACCUGAUUGUUUUCAGUAUGGAGAGAUGGCAGGUCUAGCUUCUUCUAGUUGGAUGUUUAAUACUUGAUUUAAAAACCACCAGAUUACUGUAUUCAGCCAGCCAAAUGUUUUGAAUGUAAUGGGUCUAAUGGUCAGGCAGUGAUUAGAUUCCAUGUCACGCAGUGGGAUUGCUGAUACAAACAUUUCUGAAUGGUAUGAUUGUUAGUGGAUCUGAGUAACAUUAAUUAUGUCCUUCAGGACAGGAGCGGGUAUGAAAUUGCUUUGAAUCUGAAUUUAGCUUUUUUUUUGCAGUGUCUUUAUUGUGUUUGUCUUUUCACUUUCUUGGUACAGAGCUGUAGUUUUUGUGUUUACUGUGCUAUCAGAGCACUCGUGGAGGGGAAUCCUUAGGACCAAAAUAAUAUUUUUAACCCCUUUUGAUUUUCUGAUUUUAUGGCUCUUUUUUUUUUUUUUUUUUGAACUAUUCUCAAUUAUCUUCAAUGUUUACAUGUCUUGUAUUGUUAGUCUGGGACUUUAUGACUGGAGACAUUUUCUUUCUUUUAGAGAGAAUUAAACACUCUGAUCCAAAUUA